GGGUGGGGGUGGUUUGUUAAUUAAAAAAAAGGCGGAGGUCGGGACCCCUAGGCGUUUCUUGGGCUCGCCUUGCUGGAUCGGUUUCGCUUCUGUGUGGGUCUCCUGUUUUAAAAAGCGGCGUUUGGAGCUAGACCGAGGCAGCUCUGUAUCUCUAAAACACAGAGACAGCAGCGAUGGACUCUACGCGAGUGUUUCAUCUGCAGCCGUGUGAUACCCCAAGCUCAACAGUGAACGGAUACUACUUCCAGGAAAGUGAUGAUAUGCAACCUGAUCGUGAAGAAGACAGCAGUGAGGGCAAAGGGCAAGGGGCAGAUGAAACUUAUGAAACAGUAAAUGCCUCUACCAUGUCUGAAGACAGCCUCCAAUUCUAUGUCAAUAUGAACGUGGAUCUGAAGCCAAAAGCAGAAGAGAAUGACAAUGCUGGAUGUGUCUUGCUGCAUACUUCCAGAAAAAAAAUGUCAGAAUUUGAGUUUGACACUGAGGUGGAUGAAGCUUCGGAUGAAGUAUUAGCUUUGGAUAAGUUUUUUUUUAUCAAAAAGAUAGCCAGUUACCCUUUUCUUCAUGCCAGGGUCCGAGAAACCCUGUCUGAUUGUGCCUUGCCAAUAUCUGUGGUGGUAUUUUCAUUUGUGGGAUCAUACCUUUUUAGAGAUAUAAAAGUUGCUUCAUUUAGUUAUAAUCCCAAUAAUGGUUUAUUCAACCUGGCCCCAUUUCACCUCCUCUCGAUUGGAGCAAUAUUUGGUGGGAUGGGUUUGGGCUUCCUUCUGUCAAUGCUAUUCUACUUGGAACAGAACAUUGUGAUGUCAUUAACAAAUGCCCCUCAGAACAGGCUAGUAAAAGGCACAGGUUAUCACUGGGAUAUCUUUCUUGUCGGCAUAAUCAACAUUGCGUUAUCUAUUUUUGGGUUGCCAUGGGUCCACUCUGCAUUCCCUCAUUCUCCAUUGCAUGUCCGUGCACUGGCAUACGUAGAGCAGAGGGUGGAGAAUGGUCAUUUACAUGAGAUGAUUGUUCGUGUAAGGGAGACCCGAGUGUCUGCUCUUGUGGCGCACAUACUGGUGGGAAUCUCGCUCCUGAUGUUGCCCAUCCCUCUGCAGUGGAUUCCAAAACCAGUCCUCUAUGGCUUGUUCCUCUAUGUUUCCGCGACCUCCAUCGAUGGGUGCCAGUUUUUUGAGAGGUUGGCCCUUCUGUUCAAAGAGCAGACGUCUUAUCCCCCUACCCACUACAUCAGGAGAGUUCCCCAGAGGAAGAUCCAUUACUUCACCGGCCUCCAGCUGAUUGAGAUCGCCGUUCUCUGUGGCUUUGGCAUGGCUCCACUUCCCUACUUGAAGAUGGUAUUUCCCCCAAUCAUGCUUGCCAUGGUCCCAGUCAGAUACUACAUCCUCCCUCGAAUAAUCGAAGCCAAGUAUUUGGAUGCAAUGGAUACAGAGCAUUAAAGGAUAACAGAAUCAAGCGGGUGUACCCCAUGUGCUAUGCAUCACAAUGUGUCUGGAGAUGUGUUCUUAGUGUAUCAGUGCUUAAGGACUGACCAAAGUAGCUGGCAUUUUUGACUCUAAUCCAGCAAGUGCCACCUUGUCCAUUUUACUACAAGCAAUACUUGUGCUACAAAACUCUUUUGUCCCAAUCUUGAAAUGUCUCUUUGAUUUCCCUCUUUUGGAGAAAGUUGAACAGAAAGUUGGAGAAUGUGUCUGUGGUAGCAGGAGACUGACCAUUUAAACAAAAUGGUUAGUGUUCUUCCAGUCCAUCAACCCAAUCCAACCCUCACCCUUUCCCUUUUUCAUACUAAUCCAGACUUUUUCAAUUGUGAGGACCUGUAGAAAACAAUAUCAUGAUUUUUCAACAUCACAGAUUUGCUUUCUGAAGCAGAGUGUACAGGAUAUAGGACCUCCACACUAUCUUCAAUGUAAUGGUAUUGUGAUUUUGUUUUUCUGCAGUUCACACGCACAUUGUGAUAGUCAUUAUGAUGCUGUAUCUGCAUCCACAUUCCAACCAUAUGUACUUUAAAUCUUCUGAUUUAAAGGGAUAUUUGUAUGUUUGUGUAUGUAUGUGUAAAUAUAUAUAUAUUUGAUUAUGUAUGUAUUCCAUCUCAAGCUUUUUUAGUAUUUUCACAAGUGUGUCACUGAUCGGAACAUAAUUUUUAUUCGAUUGGGUGAGACUGGCACAAAUUGAGGUCUGUAGGCUUUGCUGAAAGUUGACCACAAGCUCUGACCACUGAGCUGACUGUGGUGGCAUUUCUUUCACCUUACAACCAUUGUUGUCCAUCAAAACAACUGGCCUGACCAUGAGCCCUUCCUCCUCUUGAAUUUCCACCUGUCUCUUCAACCACCACCCCACUCUUUCCCCCUCAACCAGCUUUUUCACGCACACACACACAUGCGCGCGCACACACACGCACACAACUGUUGCCCAACAACCUCCAUCAAAUGACCGACAUGAGAGUUUAAUGGUGCAUUCAUGGGCAUGGGUAGAGCUGUGAUGUAAAUGGAUUAUAAUGUAAAUGAUUUUCUCCUGUAUCAAUGUUGUGAGUCAAAGCCUGUGAUACAGUAAUAUAUAAUAAUUAUGGCAUUGGUCAAUUAUUUCAGAUGUUUCAACUUGUUCAAAUGUCUUUGAUAACUGAUACUUGAUGAGUGAAUAUUACUGUCAGUGGAUCAAAGAAACUAAAACUCUAGAGCUAUUUUCUAAAGCGUUCCUAUUGUCUUUAUUUUAAGUUGGAA